UUUAGAACGUUUUUGACACGUGCUUCACAGUACGGAAGUAAACUGUUGCGUCAUUAGUGCGUUUCAUUUCAACAGAUGUUUAGAAGUAAAAUUUGUAUUUAAGCACAAUGAAUGAUCGAGAGCUGGACCUUACCGGAGCCCAAAAGGAAACAAAAUCCAAAUAUCCCGCUAUCAACAAGAAAUAUGAAUAUCUGGAUCAUACCGCAGAUGUCCAGUUGCAUUCUUGGGGGGACUCCUUGGAGGAGGCAUUUGAACAGAGUGCCAUGGCCAUGUUUGGUUAUAUGACCGAUACAGAGACAGUAGAACCUAUCGAUACGGUAGAAGUUGAAUCAGAAGGUGAGGAUAUGGAAUCCCUUCUCUUUCAUUUCCUGGAUGACUGGCUCUUCAAGUUCAGCGCUGACCUCUUUUUCAUCCCUCGGGAAGUAAAAGUGUUACACUUAGACCGGCUGCGCUUCAGAAUUCGCUCUAUCGGAUGGGGUGAGGAAUUCAACUUGGCAAAACACCCACAAGGCACAGAGGUAAAAGCUAUAACCUACUCGGCUAUGCAGAUACACGAUAAAGAGAAGCCAGAGAUUUUUGUCAUCAUCGACAUAUGAGAAAGAGGUUUCUCUCUUAUUACCUCGGGUGCGAAUCUCACCACAGAGGAAACUCUGGAAACUGAAUUCAGACUGUAACUUUAUGUUUUGACUGGUGAACGCAACAAAGCACUGAAGAGAUGCUCUGUCAUAAUACGCUUUCAUUAAAGGCGGGUUUUCCUUUAAAAAAUCUUUUACUGCUGUAUAAAUAAAAAGAAAUGAAAUAUUUUUUUCCACGUAUUUUCAAAGGAAUCCACUAUAAAACAACAAGAGUUAAGGGAAGAUAUGUCCCAGCUACUAUAUUCUUUUACAUCAACUGCAACAUAUAAAUCUAUAAAUCAAACUGUUUUCAAUAAACUCAUUUUAUUGUUGUAAUUUUA